UUUGUCAAAAAAUAUGACAAAUAUCUCACUGAGAAAGCUUCUACGGGGUUGUGGUUCAGAGAUCCUAUAUUGUGACACAAUAAUAAAGACUAUAAAAAUGUUUAUCUUUAUUAAAUUUAAGGCCAAAUAAUAAUUAAAAAGCCAAGUUGUUCAGUUAACCAGUUAAAGAAAUUAAAUUCAAGGCUCUGUCUGUGCACAGAAUGCAUGUUCAUGCUGAUACAGGAAGUACUGGUGUGAUCUGAAAAAGGGAAGUUAUAAUAGAUCUGAGGCCAGUCAGUAGAGUGUACUUCAGCACAGCUUCAGUCCGUCUCUAAUCAGCAGCAGUGUUACAGCUGGAAACUUGGGCUCUAAACAGGAGAUCCCCUCACUUCAGGAAGGUUGAUGUACCUCAAUUAAUGAAAGGAUGGACAUCUGGACAGCAGAGAAAAUAAUUCUUCUCAGUUUUCUUUUGAAAGGUGUUUGCUGUAGAGAUUUUAGCGUCAGUCUGUCAGAGAAGAUUGAAGCUCUCAGUGGAUCCUGUGUGAUCAUAAAGUGCAAUUUUGAGAUUCAAAAAAAAUAUGACCAAUACCUCACUGAGAGUGCUGCUACAGGAAUGUGGCUCAAAGAUGGAGAUAAAGAGGAUACACAUCAAGUGUUUAACUCCAGAGAUCCCAAACCUAAUCACUUUAAUGGGAAAAUAACUGGAAAACUACAUGAGAAGGACUGCACCACAGUCUUUUAUAAUGUUAGCUCAAAGCACAAUGGUAAAUAUUACUUCAAGAUUAAGAGUGGUGAAGUUCUGAAAUACACCUACAAACAACCCUUCUCCACUAUAGAUGUCAUUGGCCCUCCUCCCAAACCCAGAGUGCAGCUGUAUGUGGAGCAGAAGGAGGUGCAGGGUCAGGAGGAGGUGUUGGAGGGGAGCUCUGUGAGUCUGCGCUGCUCUGCUGAGACUCUCUGCUCCUCUCCUCCACCAACUCUCACAUGGAGCUCCACUCCCAGAAUCCCCCUCAGUGACAGCAGCAGACUACAGGAGCUCAUCUCUGAUCUGAACUUCACUGCUACUCACCGUGAGCAUGGAGUCACUUUCACCUGCACUAUAACCUACCAGCUACAGGACAAGAGCAAAACAGCACAGGACAGCAUCACAGUACAUGUUCAGUAUUCGCCCAAAAACACAGCAGUGUCUGUGCUUCCCUCCAGCUCUGUGUUGGAGGGCAGUUCAGUGACUCUGAUCUGCAGCAGUGAUGCAAAUCCAGCAGUGAACUACACCUGGUCCAGAGAGAGUGAAGGACAGUUGAAGCAGCUGCAGACUGGAGACACUCUUACCUUCAAUAGGACCGACCCGACACACAGAGUCUGGUACCACUGUACAGCUCAGAACCAACACGGCAGCCAAAACUCAUCAGUGAAGCUGGACAUUCAGUAUGUUCCUCAGAUCUCCACUUCCUCCAGCUGUAGCAGAACUGAUGUAACUGUGUGUUUCUGUGAGACUGAUGGGAAUCCCUCUCCUGAACUGGAGUGGCAUCUGUCUGGACGUCCCGUCACUAACUCUUCAAACACGUUCAUCAGUGAAGAGCGAAUGAGCAGCACAGGUUUGAGGAGCUCCAUCACUCUUCAUCAGUCUCUCACAAACACAUCCACUCUGCAGUGUGUCAGCAGAAACACUCGAGGCAAUUCAAGUCAACUGCCUCGUCUGGUUUUCAUCACUCAAAAUUGUCCAGGAUUUAACAUAUAUUCCUUCCUGGCUGGGAUUGCAGUUGGAACUGUGUUUAUGGCAAUCUUAUGGGUCACAACACUGCUGUACAAAUGGUUCUGCAGGGCUCAAAGGGGAGAUGAAGCUGGACUGAUUCAGACUGAUGGGGCUGAUUCGGAGGACAGUAGGGGAGAGCCUAUUUAUGUUAAUGAAGUUAUGAUGUAAUCAGCUGAAGACCCCACACUAAAUCACACAGAACCCCUACAUUAUUCAACAAUUAACUUUACAAAUACCAAUCUGGAGUCAAACGACAUCAGAGGCAUCUUUUCGCUUGCUACUGAUUAUGCUGUGAUCCAAUAUUGUGGUCAAAACGUAGAAGAUGUUGAGGCAAAGAUCAGAAAGGUUUCCUCAAUGCCACAUGGAGAAGAUAUUUACCAAGUUCCACACAAAGCAGCAGCUGAAGCAAAAGUGAAUCUACUAAAGCAUGAAAUAUUUGAAUAAACAUGUCAUUUUUAAUUAAUUCAAAUAGGGAUUUAUAGCACACAAAAAUAUGUAUUUUCUUUCAUUGUGUUAGAUAACAAACAUUCGUUGGGAAUUUUAACAGUGUGUCAUAUGUAAUAUUAAUUGUUGUUAAUAGGCCUACUACUCGCUUAAUAAACAUUCUUGUAUAGAUGUCAGCUCUCAAGUUUACAUGAAGGCUUUAAUGUAUACAAGAUAAAAACAAAAGAAAAAACAAUAAAAAAGUAUUAAAAUUG